UUUUUGAUAAAUAUUACGGAUAGAUGUCGUUACUUUUUGACUCAUUUUUUGGUUUAUCCCAUUUUUCUGGAUGUUUUUUGUUUUGUUUUGUUUUUUGCAAUUGAUUUAUUUUCAUUUCAUUAAUCCGCGAAUAAAAACAUCAAAAAAGAAAAAAAAAUGUUUGGCGAAUUAGAUUGGCAAACAAUUGUUGAACAAUUUGUUCAUAUUGGUCUUAUAUUUGGUGCUAUAUUUCAAUUGAUCUGUAUUGGUGCGGCAAUAUUUUUACCAUGUAAAAGUGAAUUAGAAUCGAACAAUCAAGAAUCAUCAAAUCAUCGAUCAACAAAAACAUUCCAAACACGUACAAAUGAACGAUUUUUAGAUGAAAGUGAUGAUCAACAAGAUCAUUAUAAUAAUGAUGAUCAAGAUUUGAAUGUUGGUAAAAUUUAUGGUAAUCGUCAUGGACAUGUUCAUCAACGACAACAUCAUCAUCAUAUUGAUGAUAAUCGUUCCAGCAGUAGCAGUAGCCGUGGAACAUCAUCAUCAUGGAAUAAUAAAAACAAAGAGAAAAAGAAACGUCGAUAAAAUUCCGGUCGUCGAUCAUCGAUCAUCCAUCAUCGAAGAUACUCAUUUCAAAAAAAAUUCUUUUUUUUCAUUUCCAAUUUUGAUUUCCAACAAAAAACCAUUUGUGAUUUCUAUUUUCAUUUCAUUAGUCAUUUGUAUUCAGUAUUUUUUAAAAUAAUUUUCUU